AUCAGAUGAGCCCUCCCCCAUCACUCAUAUCUUCAUCUCCACCAAUCAACUCGCAGGUGUCAAUCUUCACUCACAUCUGAUCUUCAUCAGGUUGUGUUUUAAAAAGCUUUGCUCAAGCUGUGUCUUCUGUUUGACUGUGUGUUGUCUUCAUUAAUGAUGCUCGCUGUCUUUAUUUUAACGUCAGUUCUCGGUUUUCAUUCUUUUAUAGAAGCACAAAAUGUUAACCUUCAAGAAAAGUUGUUUUUAAGUUCGAUGGGUCUCUCAAGUCGACCCAAACCAUCACCUCACACGCCCGUUCCUUCUCUGCUCUGGAAAAUGUUCAAGAAGAGCUCCAAACAGCCUUUAACAUCAGAGAUGGAUUCAUGUGUCGUUUCGGAGUAUGGGGUGCGAGGGAAUAUUGUGAGAUUUAUCCAGGAUCAAGGUAGUUUGAUCUCCGCGCCGGCAGGCCGCUGUUUUUACUGCGUUAGAAAGCAUCUGUUUUUCAACAUGUCAGUGCUGGAGGAUGUUGAGCAACUGUCCUUCGCACAGCUGGAAAUAAAGUUCAAACAGGAUCUCUCUCACCUGGGACGGCAUGCGUUCAGCAUGGACCUGUACAGGGUUCUUCGGACCACACUAAAGGGAGUGAAUCACGAGUCCAGCCGUAAAUUACUGCAGUCUCAAUCGGUGGGAUAUUUCACACACAGCCCUGUGCAUUUCAAUCUGACGGACCUGGCUGAAUCCUGGAGAAAACCAGGUAAAAAUUAUGGGCUGCAAGUGGAGUUGCAGCUGUCAAACGACGUGCUCGACGAGCACGUGUUCGAUACGGAUAGCGUGCACUCGGGCAUCCGUGACGUGCGUAUCCCAGAGUUCUCUGCGUCUCUGGUGGCGGUUUCGUUGAACCCAUUGCAGUGCAGGUCCAGAAGAAAGCGAAGUGCUUCUUACCCGCCGGUGACCCCCAGUAACGUCUGCAAGCCCAGGAGACUUUACAUCGACUUCAAAGAUGUCGGUUGGCAGGACUGGAUCAUUGCUCCCCAGGGCUAUUUGGCCAAUUACUGCCAUGGCGAAUGUCCCUUUCCUCUGAGCGAAAGUUUGAAUGGGACAAAUCACGCCAUUCUGCAGACUCUGGUUCAUUCGUUCGAUCCGAAAGGAACCCCACAGCCCUGCUGUGUUCCCAUCAAGCUCUCCCCUAUCUCCAUGCUGUAUUAUGACAACAAUGAUAAUGUGGUUCUUAGACAUUACGAAGACAUGAUGGUGGAUGAGUGUGGAUGCAGAUAAAUGUUUUUUUUUAUGCAAAAAUAAUGGUUUUGAUCUUACUAAUGAAUUAAAUGGCUGAUUUGAGAUUGUAUGGUUCUUGAACAUGGGUGUUGCAUGAAUUUAUUCAAAAUUGACCUAGAUUUAUAAUGCUAAUGUAUUUUAUUAAAUGUGAAUUAAAGCAGUUUUGAUGGUU